AUGGUACCUAAUGUCGGCGAUAGGAAUUUUACUCCCGCUUCGGAAAUUUACACAUCAAUUAUAAGAAUCUUACAUUUAAGCUUUUUGUACUUUCCUCAAGGAUCAAGUAAGGGAAAUGCAUAUCUUGCUACAAGUACCUGCUACUCCAUCUCCGUCCAUUUUAAACCAUUUCUCUCGGCAUUGGACGAGUAUAGAGUGAUGCAUGACGAAUUCGUUAACACGAGAGUACUGCGUCGAUUACUCAAAAUAUGCCUUGUGGUUUAUGUUAUUGGUACGCCAAUGGUGUCAUUAGGUUUGUCGACAAGUCUGUUAAAAGAUAAGGUCUGGAAUGGUGUUGGUGAUAUGUUUUACCCAUUUUCCACAGAUAUAGUCGGCAGCUCUAUCAUUAUGUAUAUUGUACUGAACGUCAUAUCAUUCGCUGUACUGAGCAUAAUUUCUGUUUUGAUGACCCUUUUCAUUACCAUUCCAACUAUAGUUUGUGGAGAAAUGAACAAUUUAACAGAAAGACUGAAAAUUAUAACUGCAGAAACUCAGAUUGUUGGGCGAAAGGAGAUUGCUUUUAUUACCCCAUCACAUGAUCGAUCAUUAUUGCCAACACCAAAAAGUGACGAUGUUGGUUUGACAAAAGCUACAGAUGAACAAACACCAAAGGAGAAACCUUUGGAACUCUACAGCAAGCUAGAAGAAGUGCGACUCCGAUAUGAAAGUGUACUUGACAUUGUCACCAAAGCCAAUCUUGUCCUUCAACAUCUGUUCUUUAGCACUUUGGCAACCUCCAUUCCAGUAUCAUGCCUUGUGCUUUAUGGUUUUAUCACCUUAAAUUCCAAUCGAGCUCAAAUGGUAUUGACUGGUUUGACAAAUAUUUAUGUGUUUAACAUGCUGUUCUGGAUAUUCAUACUUGGUAUUUAUACAGAAAGAAAGAUCCAGUUAUUUACAGCCAGGUAUCUAGCACCGUCUCUAGGUUUUGAUGUUUAUGGCCCCUUCUCAUUAGACAGCAGUGCAUUUUUAACGGUCUUUGGUACACUCUUGACGUACGCUGUUGUAAUUUUCCAAUUCGCCCAGAGGACAUCAGAAAUCUUACUUAAUACCAAAUCUAAGUGGUUUAUCUUUCCUUCAAGCUGGUGUAGCUCUUUCGUGACAUCAAGGUUCCAGACCAAUUUAACGAACGUGGCAGUAGUGAUUCCCAGUAACAGUCGGUGUAUAGGAAUUCUGACUCUGAACGGUAAUAUGUUUGAAUCAGUUCAAGGAGUGCCGACUGAUGAGAAAAUAUUUCCCAACAUACGCUACAAAUUGAACGGAAAGAAAAUAAUAAUUGGCGUAGUCCCGGACAAUCCGUUUGAAAAGAAUUAUUAUAAUAUUCUUCAUACAAUGAGUCGGUAUUUAAAUUUUACAUACGAUAUUGUGAAUUCAACAAAUAGCGAAUAUGGUAUUCUAAGGAAUGGAACAUGGUCCGGAUUGGUUGGGCAACUUGUCAACCACGAGAUCGAUCUGGGACUUACGUCGUUAUCAACUAUCGAAGAUCGGCGCAACGCAGUAGAUUUUAUAAACCCUUUUGGAACGUCAAAACCUGGAAUAUUGUACAAGAGAGAGUUACUGGUGGGUGAUUCGUGGUUUCUCUUAACUCGACCUUUACAAUUUAAAGUCUAUCUCUGCACCAUAAUAUCUUUUAUCUGCGUAUCCUUGUUUUUUAUAUUCCUCUCUAACAGAGAGUCCAAUGAUCAACAUGGUAAUCGUAUUGCCAACACAGUAGAAUUUGUUUUAGCUGCCCUACUUCUUGAAGGAGGUAAUUUUCAUCUAAAGGGAACCUCUGCUCGGAUUCUGUUUUCUUUUUGGUUGAUGUUUGGUGUUGUGUUGGCAGCGACUUACACUGCGACCUUAUUACGGUCACUUGUACCUAAACAAAAGGAACCGUUUGAAACUAUUAAAGGCCUCUUAGAUUUACCGGACUGGCAGAUUGGCGUUCUGGGCGGUACGGCUGAAAUUAUUGUUUUCAACACAUCUGAAAAUAACGAUGUUAAAAUGUUUUGGAAAACCCUUAAUAGUCGCACUCAGAAGGAUGCUAAUAUUCAAUCAACAGAUACAAACGUACAUAUGAAAAGGGUUUCCCAGGGUAAGUAUGCGUUUUUGACUUUGGACGGUCGUGCAAUCAUAAAAGUCCACGGAGACUGUUCACUAAAAUUUAAUGACCGUCUAUUCAAUGUUCCAAGUACUGAAUACUCCAUGGCAGUCCCUCAAGGAUCUGUUUUGAAGACGGAAUUAGAUGAUUUUGUAGAUAAAAUUGAGAAUAGUGGUUUACUUGAUGAAAUGAUGAAACCACAAGAUAAUCGUCCAUCUCAGUGUGGAGUAAUAGAUCAAAGAGUCAAACCCCUUUUCUUGGAUAAUGUCAAAGGUGUAUUUGCUUUACUUGCUGGUGGUGUGGUUGUAGCUGGCAUAACGUUGGUGGUCGAAAAGGUGCUGCACCUUAGACGUGCUUCAGGUUCAAUACGGUGA